CGCAGCACUUUAGUCUCAACACCUCCGCUUACUUCCUGCUCUCAAAGAAAAAGUAGGAGCGGGCUGUUUGCUGUGCUAGUGCAAGUGCGAGACUUGAACACCCUUCUCCAGCUGCUCCCAACUGAAGCAUGAGCGCGUUACUGGCGUGACAAAAAGCGCACACCGUCAAGUUUGCGCUCGCUCCAACCUUGCGGUCGUCCCAACUGUGUUCCACCUGCGGAGCCAACAUGUCGGACUCGGCGUCCAGUUUCCUUCAUAUCGGAGAUUUGGUGUCCCUGUACGCCGAGGGCACCGUCAAUGGAUUCAUCAGCACCCUUGGCUUGGUGGAUGAUCGCUGUGUGGUGGAACCAGCUGCCGGAGAUCUGGACAACCCCCCCAAGAAGUUCAGAGACUGCCUGUUUAAGGUGUGUCCAAUGAGUCGCUACUCCGCACAGAAGCAGUUCUGGAAAGCCAAACAGGCAAAGCAUGAGAAAGACAAGAUUGGGGAUGUGGUCCUGCUGCAAAAACUUCAGCAUGCAUCAAACUUGGAACAGAAGCAGAACGAGACAGAAAACAAGAAGGUUCAUGGGGAUGUGGUCAAGUAUGGAACCGUCAUCCAGCUGCUGCACAUGAAGAGCAAUAAGUACCUGACUGUGAACAAACGUUUGCCAGCGCUUCUGGAGAAGAACGCAAUGCGCGUCACACUGGAUGGGACCGGCAAUGAAGGCUCCUGGCUCUUCAUACAACCUUUCUGGAAGCUGCGUGCCAAUGGAGACAAUGUGGUGGUGGGGGACAAAGUGAUCUUGAACCCGGUCAACGCCGGACAGCCGCUUCACGUGUCAAACUACGAGCUGAGUGACCACCCGGGCUGUAAGGAGGUCAACUCUGUCAACUGCAACACCAGCUGGAAGGUCAACUUGUUCAUGAUGUUCAGUGACCACAGGGACGAAGUGCUCAAAGGCGGCGACGUGGUGCGUUUGUUUCAUGCUGAGCAGGAGAAGUUUUUGACAUGCGACGAGUACAAGAAUAAACUUCAUGUUUUCCUGCGCACAACCUUGAGACAAUCGGCCACAUCGGCGACCAGCUCCAAUGCGCUGUGGGAGGUUGAGGUUGUCCAUCAUGAUCCAUGUCGCGGAGGGGCAGGACACUGGAACAGUUUGUAUCGCUUCAAACACCUUGCCACUGGAAACUACUUGGCAGCAGAGGAGAAUCCCACUUACCGAGGUGACAGUGUGGAGAUGUCCUCCUUGAUGGAAAGCAGUCGCAACAGCAAGCGUUUGCAUGGCGAGAGGAUCAAGUAUAAGCUGGUGGCCAUGACACAUGGCAAUGACAUUGCCUCGCUCUUUGAGCUGGAUCCCACCACUUUACAGAAGACCGACUCCUUCGUUCCGCGGAACUCAUAUGUCCGCCUGAGGCAUCUCUGCACCAACACGUGGAUCCAGAGCACAAAUGUCCCCAUAGACGUUGACGAGGAGAGACCCAUCAGACUCAUGUUAGGAACGUGCCCCACCAAAGAGGACAAGGAGGCAUUCGCCAUCGUCUCGGUUCCCGUCAUGGAGAUUCGGGAUCUAGAUUUUGCCAAUGACGCGAGCGCCAUGUUGAGCACAGUGGUGGACCAGUUCAGUAAGGGCUUCAUCAGCCAAAACGACCGCCGCUUUGCUAUCAAGCUGCUGGAGGACGUGGUCUUUUUCGUGGCAGACGCCGUCAACAGCGGCCAGCCAGUAUUGGAUGUCACCAUGACCAAAGCCAACCGCGAGAGGCAGAAGCUAAUGAGGGAGCAGAACAUCCUCAAGCAGAUAUUUGGCAUCCUAAAAGUACCUUUCAAGGACCGUAGCGGAGGGGAAGGACCUCUGCUCCGUCUGGAGGAGUUGGCUGACCAGAAGAACUCUCCAUACCAGUACAUGUUCCGACUCUGCUACCGCGUCCUGCGACAUUCCCAAGAGGACUACCGCAAGAACCAGGAGCACAUCGCCAAGCAGUUCGGCCUGAUGCAGGGUCAAAUCGGCUAUGACAUCCUGGCAGAGGACACUAUCACUGCGCUCCUGCACAACAAUCGCAAGCUGCUAGAGAAGCACAUCACCAAGACCGAAGUGGAGACCUUCGUCAGCCUCGUCCGCAAGAAUCGGGAGCCCCGCUUUCUGGACUACUUGUCGGACUUGUGUGUCUCCAACAACGUGGCCAUUCCCGUCACUCAGGAACUCAUCUGCAAGUGUGUGCUGGAGCCUAUAAACCAGGACAUCCUCAUCAAGACUGAGCGGCGGGUGCCCAAAGAGGUGGCUCCAACUGAAAUCCCCACACAAUAUAUGGGAAUGGACGACUACGCAGAUGAAGAUGAGGUAUGGCUGGUGUGGACUGACAAGACCAAUGAGAAGCAGGAGAAGAGCAUAAGGCAGCUCGCUCAGGAGGCUCGACAAGGCAAUGCCCAUGACGAGAACGUACUUACCUACUACAGGUACCAGCUGAAGCUUUUUGCCAGAAUGUGUUUGGACCGCCAGUACCUAGCCAUUGAUGAAAUCUCCAAGCAGCUGGAUGUGGAGCUCAUCUUUCUGUGCAUGAUGGAUGAGACUCUGCCCUUCGAUCUGCGAGCGUCCUUCUGCCGCCUGAUGCUGCAUGCUCACGUGGACCGCGACCCACAAGAACUGGUCACGCCUGUUAAGUUUGCCCGACUUUGGACCGAAAUCCCCACCUCCAUCACUAUCAAGGAUUACGACUCAAAUAUGGAUGACAGCAGAGACAACAAGAAGAACCGUUUCGCCAACACCAUGGUCUUCAUGGAGGAGUAUCUCAACAACGUGUUGAACGAGGAGCUGCCCUUUCACAAUGAGGAGAAGAACAAGCUGACCUAUGAGGUUGUGAGCUUGGCGCGGCAUCUCAUCUACUUCGGCUUCUACAGCUUCUUUGAGCUGCUGCGACUCACUAGAACCCUGCUGGCAAUCAUCGACUGUGGUCCCAACCCCUCCCAUGGCACCUCACUGAUCAAUGACGAAGGAUCAGGGAAGAAUAUGAAACGCUCCAUCCAUGGCAUGGGUCAAAUGAUGACAACCAUGGUCCUCAGUAGGAAGCAGUCCUUAUUUGGUGGGGCGGGGGCCCGGACGGCGGGGCUUGUGCUUGAUGGACAGCGAAUGGCCAAAGACAGCAUCGACAAGAUAGGCCUGACAGUAAUGGACACAAAGCUGAAGAUUCUGGAAAUCUUGCAGUUCAUUCUGAACGUGCGCCUGGACUACCGUCUGUCCUUCCUGCUGUCCGUCUUCAAGAAAGAAUUUGAGGAUGUCUAUUCGCUGGCUGAUGCUGAUGCCACGACUAGUGUAGAGCACACAGCUGCCAUCAACCUACAGCACAUUGGAGAGCAGGCCGAGGCGAUGUUUGGAGUCGGGAAGGGGAACAGCAUUCUUGAAGUGGACGACGAAGGCGGACGCAUGUUCCUGCGUGUCCUGAUCCACCUCACUAUGCAUGAGUACCCGCCGCUGGUGUCCGGAGCUCUACAGCUACUGUUCAGACAUUUCAGCCAGAGGCAGGAAGUGCUGCACACUUUCAAGCAGGUCCAGCUACUCAUUUCAGCUCAGGAUGUGGAGAACUACAAGGUGAUCAAGUCAGACCUGGACCGUUUGAGGACAUUGGUGGAAAAGUCUGAACUGUGGGUGGAGAAGAAGACGUCUGGAGGCGGAGACGGCAAGAAGGAAAAGAAAGACAAAAAAGACAAAGUGGAGGGAGCGGCGGAGGAUGCCACACACAAGAAGGAGAAAGGGGAGAAGAACAACGAGAACUAUCACAACGUCAAAGAGAUCCUUGAGCGGCUUAACAAGAUGUGCAGCAGUGGUGUGUGGAAGAAGCAGCAGAGGUUGCUGAAGAACAUGGGUGCUCAUAAAGUCAUGCUGGACCUGCUGCAGGUCUCCUACGACCAGAACGACGUGAAGAUGCAAGAAAUCAUCAGAUACACACACCUAUUUCUGCAGAAGUUCUGCAUGGGCAACCAGGAGAAUCAGGCUUUGCUGCACAAGAACCUUGGUCUCUUCCUCAAUCCAGGGCUGCUGGAGGCGGAGACUGUGCAGCACAUCUUCAGCAAUAACUACCAGCUAUGCACAGAGAUAUCGGAAAGUGUCCUGCAGCACUUCAUCCACUGCUUGGCCACACAUGGACGCCAUGUUCAUUACCUCAACUUCCUGCACACCAUCAUCAAAGCCGAGGGCAAGUACGUCAAGAAGUGCCAGGACAUGGUCAUGACCGAGCUAACCAAUGCCGGUGAGGAUGUCGUCGUCUUCUACAACGACAAGGCAUCUUUCAACGUCAUGCUGGAGCUGAUGGCCGAGAGCAGGGAGGGCAUUGGUGAAAACAGCCCGCUCAGGUACCACAUCUCACUGGUGGAGUUGCUGGCGGCGUGUGCAGAGGGCAAGAACGUCUACACAGAGAUCAAGUGCACUUCGCUGCUGCCACUGGAGGACGUUGUCCGUGUUGUGACGCAUGAGGACUGCAUCACCGAGGUAAAAGUCGCUUACGUCAACUUCGUCAAUCACUGCUACGUGGACACGGAAGUAGAGAUGAAGGAGAUCUACACAUCCAACCACAUCUGGAACCUCUUUGAGGACUUCACAGUGGACAUGGCCCGAGUCUGCAACAAGCGAGACAAGCGACUUUCCGACCAAGUCUUGGAGAAGUAUAUCAUCAAUGUGGUCUUUGACACCAUCAACGCCUUCUUUAGCUCGCCCUUCUCUGAGAACAGUACCUCGCUGCAGAGUCAUCACACCAUCGUUACACAGCUGCUGCAAUCAUCCGUUCGCCUGCUGGACUGUCCCUGGUUGCAGCAGCAUCACCGGAACCAGGUGGAGACCUGCAUCAAGACCCUUGCGGUCACAGCCAAGAGUCGCUCCAUCGCUCUCCCUCUUGACCUGGAGGCUCAGAUUAGCGCCAUGUUGUCCACCAGCGCUCUUAAUUCGCUGUCACGCUCCAGCACCAGCUACAAGUCGACAUCGCGCUGCUUGCGGCCUGUUGCCCCCAGCAACCCUUGGGAUUACAAGAAUAUCAUCGAGAAACUGCAGGAUGUCAUCAAUACACUGGAGGAGCGCCUCAAACCACUUGUCAAUGCAGAGCUCUCUGCCCUAGUUGACGUUCUCCAUCAACCAGAGCUUCUCUUUCUGGAGGGAACAGAUGCACGCCACCGCUGCGAGUCCGGCGGAUUCAUCUCCAAGCUGAUCCAGCACACAAAGACACUGAUGUCCUCAGAGGAGAAAUUAUGCAUCAAAGUUCUGAGAACACUGCAGGAGAUGUUGAUCAGAACACUGGACUUUGAUGAAAAGGGAAUUUCACUGCGCAGGGUUCUACUGCAGAACUACUUGUUUCCUAACAGGAAAAACAACCCGAAGAAUGACUUGGUGGAACUUGGAGCGGCAGGCGCUGAGCAAGAGCGCGACUGGGCAGCGGUGGCAGCGGUUCAGUGUCGUCUGGAUCGGGAAGGUGGGAGCAAACUUUUUACAGACCUGGUGAUGUGCACCAAGAAUGAGAAAAUCUUCCAGGAGAGUAUCCAGCUGGCCAUUUGUCUGCUGGAGGGAGGAAACACAGAGAUACAGAACUCGUUCUACAAGCUGAUGAUGGGGGACAACAAGUCGGAAAAGUUCUUUAAAGUUCUUCACGACAGGAUGAAAGAGGCACAGAUGGACAUCAAAGCCACGGUUUCAGUGAACGUCGGCGAGAUGUCACACAAAGCCAACGAGAAGGACCUGGAAUAUGGCUCUUCUUCAACACUUGGACAUCCUGCCACCGACGAACAUUCCCGACUGGUCGAGGGCCAAGGCAGCAGCCCCUCUUCCCUGCAGGCUCAUACAACUGCGGAGCAGAAGGAGGUGGAAACAGAGAUGGGUCCAGCCGUGCUCAUCAUGAAACCCAUCCUGAGGUUUCUACAGCUUCUUUGCGAGAACCAUAACCAGGAUCUGCAAAAUUUCCUGCGCUGCCAGAACAACAAAACCAACUACAACCUAGUGUGCGAGACACUGCAGUUCUUGGACAUCAUGUGUGGAAGCACCACGGGCGGUCUGGGCCUGCUGGGCCUCUACAUUAACGAGUCAAAUGUUCACCUCAUCACACAAACCCUGGAAACCCUCACAGAGUACUGUCAGGGCCCGUGUCAGGAGAACCAGACGUGCAUUGUGACACACGAAUGCAAUGGCAUAGACAUCAUCACGGCGCUCAUCCUCAAUGACAUCAGCCCGCUGUGCCGUUACCGGACAGACAUGGUGCUGCAGCUUAAGGACAACGCCUCUAAGCUGCUGCUGGCGCUCAUGGAAAGUCGUCAUGACAGUGAGAACGCAGAGAGAAUCCUGUUCAACCUCCGCCCCCGAGAACUCGUCGACGUGAUUAAGAAGGCCUACCAUCAGGAGACUGAGUGUGAGAGUGGGGAAGUGUCACCACGUGAGGUGGGACACAACAUCUAUAUACUGGCGCAGCAGCUGGCCCGCCACAACAAGGUGUUGCAUAAUCUUUUGAAGCCUCCAAAGAAGAGCAAAGAGGGCAAGGAAGGCAUCUCCUCCAUGUUAAACUUGAACAAUCGGCCGCUGUCGCAAAUGUUGAAGUCAUCAAUACCGACUGCCAUUGUGGAACAAGACCCGCUGGAGUACUACGACAUGCUCACUUCUCAAAUAGAGAUUGUGCGAGAGGAUCGCAGCAUGGAGCAAAUUGUGUUUCCAGUCCAUCCCAUCUGUGAAUUUCUGACCGAGGAAUCUAAGUUACGUGUGUUCAACACGACGGAGCAGGAUGAGCAGGGCUCCAAGGUGACACACUUCUUCGAGCAGACGUCCUUCCUGCAUGGAGAGAUGGAGUGGCAAAAGAAGCUACGGAGCAUGCCAGUGCUCUACUGGUUCUCCAGGAGGAUGACACUGUGGGGCACCAUCUCCUUCAACCUGGCUGUCUUCAUCAACCUCAUCAUCGCCUUCUUCUACCCCUAUGACUCAGGACAAGCGGGAGCCAUCGAUGACUCUCUGCUACUGAUGCUCUUUUGGGUUCUGACCGGGCUCUCUGUGCUGGCCAUGCUCUCCCAGCGCUAUGGCCUUCAGCCGCUGACUUUGGCUCUCAUCCUAAGGUCCAUCUACCACUUGGGUAUCAGGAACACACUCAUCUUUCUGGGCACGCUCAAUCUGAUCAACAAGGUGGUGUUUGUGGUGAGCUUUGUGGGUAACAAUGGUACGUUCAUCAUGGGCUACAAGGCCAUGGUGAUGGACGUGGAGUUCCUGUACCAUCUGGCCUAUGUGCUAACAUCCACAUUGGGCCUCUUUGUGCAUGAACUAUUCUACAGUAUCUUGCUCUUUGACCUGAUUUACCGCGAGGAGACGUUGUUCAACGUGAUCAAGAGUGUGACGCGCAACGGACGCUCCAUCUUGCUGACUGCUCUGCUCGCUCUCAUCCUUGUCUACCUCUUCUCCAUCGUGGGUUUCCUGUGCCUCAAGGAGGACUUCAUCAUGGAGGUGGACCCACUACCACAUAUUGCCCCAGCCCCUCAGCAGAGAAACACGGCACAGGACUUCCUCAAGUCGUGUUCUGCAGAUGGCAUCCACUGUAUGGCGGAGGGUGACAUUGCAGCUGAGAGUGAGGACAGUGAUGAGUCUAACAAUGAGCGCGCCUGCGACACACUUUUGAUGUGUAUUGUGACGGUGUUGAAUCAUGGCCUGAGAAACGGUGGCGGAGUGGGCGACGUCCUCCGUCAGCCCUCCAAGAAUGAGCCGCUGUUUCCUGCCCGUGUGGUCUAUGACUUGUUGUUCUACUUCAUUGUCAUCAUCAUUGUCCUCAACCUCAUUUUCGGAGUCAUCAUCGACACCUUCGCUGACCUCAGGAGUGAGAAGCAGAAGAAGGAGGAGAUCCUGAAGACCACCUGUUUCAUCUGCUGUCUGGAACGAGACAAGUUUGACAACAAGACUGUAUCAUUCGAGGAGCAUAUCAAGCUGGAGCACAACAUCUGGAAUUACUUAUACUUUAUCGUUCUUGUGCGCGAGAAGAACAAGACAGACUACACGGGGCCAGAGAGCUAUGUGGCCAUGAUGAUCAAGAACAACAACCUGGAUUGGUUUCCCCGCAUGCAGGCCAUGUCACUGGUAGUCACCGAUGGUGACGGCGAGCAGAACGAGAUGAGGAUGCUGCAGGACAAGCUUGCCUCCACCAUGAAAGUGGUGAUGACGCUCACCACGCAGCUUACAGAGCUCAAAGAGCAGAUGACUGAGCAGAGGAAGAGGAGGCAGAGGAUGGGAUUUGUGGAUGCCCAACAGGGUGGCAGUGCUUCGCUUCCUCCCACUGCCGCUGGAGGGAACCACCAGCAGAUGUAAAAUAAAUAAAUAAAUUGGAAUCAACUCUCAAACAGAAAAUGUUGGAAAAACAAAUGAGCUAAGGAAUGGAAUUGGAAAACAGCGGCAGAAGAAAAGACUACUUAAACUACUGAAUCAUUUCACAGGUUGUUUUUUUUUGUGAGUUUUGAAAAACCCACCUGCACAAUAUAUCAUAUUUGUGCUUUGAAGACUCAUUAACGACACUGAGAUGGUGUUCAUCCUCUGCUGUUCAUCCUCAUCUUGGAGGCUGUCGUUCAUGUCAGUGAUUUAAAAUAAAUAUUGGAAAUGAGUUAUUGAAAAACUAAAGAAGGAUGUUGUAACACUUUGACUCCAAUGUAUGAUGUACUACACUGACUCAUUUUGUAUCACUUUUCUCUGAUGUCAUUCUCUACAAACAACCACACCUGUUGCCGUGGGCAAGCAAUCGGGAGCGAUGCCCACUGACCAAUAUUUUUCUGACCCCACCCACUCCCAACCUGACUCCAAAAAUAGAUGCAAUAACUUGCAAUAAGUCUUUCACAGCACUGUGGGAAAUUUUGGCCCAAUCAUCUGAAUUCUUGUAAUUCAGCCAUAUUGGACUCUCUCUCCUGUAGUUGAGAGGAAAGAAAUUUCAUUUGUGCUGUAUGUUGCACAUUUGACAAUAAAAUUGACUUGAAACUUGAAAUACUGGAGGGUUUUUUAAAAUCCUGAACCACCUUUUUAAGGUCAUGCCACAGCAUCUCAAUAGUCUUCAGAUCAGGACUUUAACUAGGCCACUCCAAAGUCUUCAUUUUGUUUUUCUUGCGGUGCGUAUUGCAAUUUGUCCGUUUGGAGUUACUUUAGCCCAGUCCUUCUCAAAAAGUCGGGAGCAAUGUAGUGCCAAGGGGGGCGCGUGUGACGCUGGGGAACAUCCUUUAUUUGCCGAAAAGAAUAGAAUAAAAUGUGAUUGCACAUCCACUCCAGCAGGCGGCAGUGGUGCCCUCAUUGUCAGAGAGUGCAUAGAGAGCAUGACCUCUAUGUGUAGUUUUUUUUUUUUGUUUUGUUUUGUUUUGUUUUUUGCAACGGGCAGGCGGUAUGAAAUGCAGCAAACAAAACCUCAAGAGCAGGGUUAGGGAACUCUGGUUCCUCGAUAGCCAUAUCCUGCCUGCUUUAGAUCUCUCUCUACUUGAACAUACCUGAUUCAAACGGUCAGCUCAUCAGCAAGCUCCGUAGAGGCCUGAAACAAUCAUGAACAGUUGGAACUGGUAUUCGAGGGAGCACAUAACUCCUACUCUGUCAUCCCUUCACUGGUUCCUGAUAUAUUCUGGAGUUCUUUUUAAGAUCCUAUUAUUUGUUUUCCAAUCUUUAAAUGACCUCGCGCCACCUUACCUCUCUGAGCUCAUCCGCCCUGACACACCUGCGCCUCAGGUCUUUGGAAAAGACAUGAGAAGUACCAAGAACAAAACGGAGGCCUCGAGGGGUUUGAGCCUUUUCCGUUUCUGGUCCCUCUCCCCUGAGUGACCUCCCAAUGAACAUUGAGCAGGCUCCUUCGCUGCCCAUCUUUAAAACCUGCCUCAAAACUCGUAUUCUUUGGCAUUUGACUCAGCAUGACUCAGAUUUGAUCUAAUUUUAACUGUUGCAUGCUUUCUAACAUCUUUGUUACUGAUUUAUUGCUUUAGUGUUGUAUAUGUUAGUUGCUCCAUGUACAGCACUUUGCAUGCAGUGAUGGCUGUUUGAAAGUGCUUACAGUUGACUUGAGAAUCAGGUAUGUUGGAGUCGGGAGGGAUCUAAAACAGGCCGGAUAUGGUUCCCAAGGAACCGGAGUUCCUAUAUGAAAAGACGAUAUGAAAAGAAAGGUGGAGAGAGACGAAGAUAAUGAGACAAAAGAAAGUCACCCGAAAAUGAAGAUAAGGAAAUUUGACAAAGUGUAUGUAGCGCUGGGCUUCACUGUUACUACAGUGGGAGACGAGGAAAGAGCGGUGUGGUAACUGUGUGUAUUUGUAGUGUUCAAUAAGUCUGCCAUGCAUGUUUUUGGAAUGUGGGAGGAAACCGGAGGACCCAGUGAAAACCCACGCAAGCACGGGGAGAACAUGCAAACUCCACACAGGAAGGCCGGAGCCGGAAUUGAACCUGUGCACUAUGAAGUUGACGUGCUAACCAUUCAACUACCGGGCCGCCCAUCUCUGAUUAUGUAAAAAAUAAAAAUAAAAUUAAAAAAAAUAAAUAACAUGGAAGUGAGAAUGGGCAAUCAAAUCUAUGGUUCCAUUGGACGUUACGUGACCAAAAAUAAGACCUGAGCCACGACUUAAUGAGAGAACUCCUGUAGCUCAACAAUAAUGCUGCAAACGUGAACGCAAGUGGAAAAAAGACAAGCUGCAGGUCUCUUUUCAAAUAUGAAGCUGAGAGCUGUGAGCAGUCGUGUUGGAAAUUGCCAAAUGGAGUCCACCUUCUAACAUUGGUUUUUGAAAAUAGACAGAAUCCGCAGAAAGGAAGAGUAGAAGAAAAAAAGUGAAAUGCGCAGCAAAUGGGGCAGCCGAAACUUCCGAUAAUGAAGCGAUUUGGACAAGAGAAGUUCAUUUCCUGGCGGCAUCUGCAGAGCAAUGUGGAGGAGGAAGCUGUCGCGCGUGGUAUGUCUUCAAGAACAAGGCAAGACACAUAAGUGAUCAAGCGGAAAACAUGAAAAUGCGAGCAGAGGUUGCCCACGUAAACAUUAGCAGUUUUGUCGCUAAUAACAAGCCAGUAGCCAGCGGAUGAAAGAAGCAAUCAAUCGUGUCAUCUUUUGAUCAGUCACAUUUGCAAGUAGCAAAAUGCCAACGCAGGAUGUCGGAUCAUGUUUUCGGUAUUAUUGUGUUUACAUUACAACGCGUAUUUAUAAUUCCUGAUUGGUCCAUUUCUUAGUUCACUCUGUUAAUUGAUAUUAUUCUGCAUUUUGUUUGAAUAAAACGGUUUGAAAUGAAUGAAAACAUGUUUAUAAAAUAACUAUCUUUGUUGUCAGCACCGGUGGUUUAAAACUGGCAAUUUAUAAGCGAUGAAAAAAAUUGUUGCCAGUUGAGAAGGAAAUUAUAUAUAACCAUAUUAUCAAAUGUAAUGUUCUAAUCAUAUACAUGGCAUAACAACUACACAUAUACUCAUAUAUAGUAUAUGUGUAUGUGUAGCAAAAUAUAUUAUUUCACUCAUUUUACCAUUGUUUCCAGAAUAGCAUACUAACUACAAUCCCACGAACACACGUAGGGCUGCCACCCUUGACAAAGUCAGGGCAACCUGGACGCCCAGCUUCAAAUACACAUAAAUCCAGAGACAGAGGAGCGCAGAUAUGGACAGAGUAAACAAAUAGAACAAGGGUUGAAGUCCCCAUACGUGUCAUGUCAUAUUGAUUCUCGUAUUGAUUGUGCUGUUGCAAUUCAUGUGACUCUUAAUAAAAAGCUCAGGAAUGGGAUGAAACUGCAGAGAUCCGACCAACUUAAUGUGGUUUCAUCUCUCCUGGCCAGUGUCUUGC